CCUUCGCGCCGUCCUGCUGCUCGCUCGCGGCUGCCAUCCAUUAGCGCACCUGGUUACAAGUUACAAGCUAAUUUACCUUCGAUCCUGACGCGCGCGCGUGUCCUGCAUCUCGUAAUUACCCCGUUCGGAUGACGCGAAUAGAUUUUAACUGAAACGUGAACAUGUGCGGAGUAAAAUCUUAAAUUUGAUGCCGGGGAUAAAGAUGGAAGUUUUUCGUGGCGUCCUGCGAGUGCGUACCAAAGUGUCGAGUGGAAAGUUUCGCAAUACAAUGGAGCUAACUUAGACAGCGUUUUAGUGUGUUUAAUUCAGAGACAUAUUUCUUGCCCACAAGGACUGUGUGAAGGGCACGAUGUCGCAUAUUAAACGGGGUUCGACCAGGUAUUCGGAUGAUAUUCUGGAUAAUGAUUCUGAUGAUAAAGAUUCGAAAAGGAAAUCGCGGAAUUUAAGUGAAAAAAAGCGCAGAGAUCAGUUUAAUCUGCUCGUCAAUGAGUUAAGUGUUAUGGUGUCAACUGGAUCAAGAAAAAUGGACAAAUCGACCGUACUCAAAGCAACUAUUGCUUUUCUUAAGAAUCACAACGAUGUUUUAGAAGUAGCGGUGAGAUCUCGAAUUCAUGAAAUUCAAGAAGAUUGGAAGCCUACAUUUUUGUCGAACGAAGAAUUUACUCAUCUUAUCCUGGAAGCUGUUGAUGGUUUUAUACUAGUCUUCAGCACAACAGGUCAAAUAUUCUACGCUUCAGAGAAUAUGACUUCUCUGUUGGGACACUUGCCAAAUGAUGUUCUGGGGAUGACAAUUUACGAAUUGACCAGUGAGGAAGAACAAAAUGAUUUAUACAACAUUUUAUUACGAGGACCAAACAACGAUGAAGGACAGUUGUCUUUUUCGUGUCAUUUACGGCGAGGCACGUCGGAUGCAUUGCAAACGCCAGACUACGAAUUAGUGCAUUUUGCAGGAUAUUUUAGGUCAGAUUCAGAUACAAUUCAAACUGAUAGUUCUAAAUAUUCAGGAUACUCAGAAACAGAACCAGAAGCAAGAUUAUUAUUUGUUGGGACUGGUCGUCUGCAAACCCCACAGCUAAUACGAGAAAUGCCCUUGGUAGAGUCUUACAAAAGCGAAUUUACCUCACGACACAGUCUUGAGUGGAAAUUUCUAUUUCUCGACCAUAGAGCUCCUCCCAUCAUUGGGUAUUUGCCCUUUGAGUUGCUAGGUACCUCUGGCUAUGACUAUUAUCAUAUUGAUGACCUGGAACGUGUACUUGAUUGUCACGAAGCUCUUAUGAAAAAAGGCGAAGGGACAUCUUGCUACUAUCGUUUCUUAACGAAAGGUCAACAGUGGAUCUGGUUGCAGACACGAUUUUAUAUUACGUAUCAUCAGUGGAAUAGCAAACCUGAAUUUGUAGUGUGCACUCAUCGACUUAUAAACUACGUGGACGUAAUGCGACAAGGCAUGAAAGAGGAAAGUAUUGAGUUUAUGGGUGAAUCGGUAGAUAACAAUUCUUCUGUGCCAUGGAGUUCACGCAGUAGGAUGGAGCCGCCAUCUUCAGAUUGUACUUCAAUGUCAGCAGACUCGCCAACGUCUAGACAUUCAGUCAUGACUCAACAUUCAAUGAAGUCGAAAGCUAGUGUUAAAAGCAAAAAUCUCCCUACGCAAUCGUCGCAAAUGGCGCUGACGACAUUUUUGGAGCCUCCUCAAUACGUGGCAGCCAUUCCGGUGCAACCUGUUCUUGCAGGUAUACCACCCCCUGCUGUGUUAUCACCACAUCCGUCACAAGUUGAUUGGCAACGGAAACACGCCGAACUGCAAGCUAUUAUUGGUCAACAACAAGCUGAGCUGCGACGAGUCUCAGAACAAUUACUAAUUGCCCGGCAUGGAAUAAUACCCGCGCAUGCAGUGCAUUCGCAAGCUAAUGACUCAUCUCCAUAUAAUUCUGGAGCUGUUAGCAGCACUACAAUGCUGACAGGUUUAGCUGGCGGAGUUGUAACCGGCGCCCCUUCGGUUAUUGUUCCAGCCGUAACCAUGCCAAUUACAAUACCUAUCAGCCAAACCGCCAUUACACCUAUGGGCGGGGGUUAUACGAACACAACGACAACUACGCCAGAACAAUAAUAAUCUCUACAAUGGUCAAGCAACCAAAUAUUACGACAAAUUAUCAUGUGAUAAUAAAUACAAGCUAGGUUCUAGAAGCUAGAUGUGUCUAUAUCUUAAUGUAAAUAUGUAUUUCAAUUGUUCUCGUUUUAAUUUUCUUCUUGGAAAUGAUGUGAUGUAUUGUAACGCGAUGCUAAUUUCAAACCAAAUUGAUCAAAAAAACAAAAGACCAAUAAAAAGUUAGGAAAAA